GCUGCAGGCUCUAACGGGCUGUACACUCCGGCAGGCCCCAGCUCCCUCAAUCCUGUGGUCAUCGGUGGCUCUGCUAUCCCUUGAGGUCCAGCCUGUGCCAUGAACCCGUGGCUCCUCACCUGCCUGGUGGCUUCCUUCGUGGGAGCCUGGGUCCCUGCUGUCCACACCCAAGGUGUGGUGGAGGACUGCUGCCUGGCCUACCACCCCCACCUCAGGUUGCCUGUGCUCCUGCGCACCAGGAAUUUCUGGUGGCAGGAGGUGAGCGGAAGUUGCAAUCUGCCAGCUGUGAUAUUCUAUUUCCCCCAGCUAGGCAGGACAGUGUGUGGGAACCCUCAGGACAGGGUGGUGAGGAAGGCCAUGAAGAUCUUGAGUGCUCGGAGGCAGUCCCGCCCCAGAGUCAGCAACAACAUCGCUCUCCAAGGCUUGCUGGCUAGGGCCAAUAAGGUGAAUUCUGGAACACCUAAGAUGCCAUUGAACAAGUCGAAGCAUCACAUGGGCAACGGCAAGAAGAAUGCUGGGGCACAGUGACAGACGAAGGGAUCUGCGAUCAAACGGUGUCUGGACCCUGAGCCCUGCAUCUCCAGGAUCCUCUGAUGGCACCCGGGGGCUGCAUCUUCUCCAAGACCUGCAGUGCUGGCUGCCACCCCUGCCCUGAGUCCUUCAGGCUGCGCUGUCCUAGUCCCUGGGCCUGUAUGGUUUUCUCCUCUCUGUCCCUACCUCUUCCCGCCCUCGGGCAGCUGGAAAGAGGAAGUUGACCUUAUUUAAGGUCAUAGGACAAGCAUCAAUCGGAGACCAUGCCCUCACCUUAGGUCCAUUGCUUACCUGUGACUUCUUACCUUACCUGGCCACCUGCCCAGGUCCUUGGACACCUUUGGUUGGUCCAAAGACAUCUCCUAGGCUGUACUUUAAAAAAAAAAAAAUCUAUGACAACUUUUAAAUAAACUGUCUAGGAGGAUGUCA